AUGCCAGUCAAAUACAAUGUGGACAUCCCACUGGCGGAGUUGAAGGAACCGGAGGUUGGUCAUGGGAGAUAUGAGCCCUUAAAUCCACGCUCAGAAGUGCUCUCCAAAGGAAGCUCUACUGCGCCAGGAAGUCUUGCACUACAUUGUGAUAUUCUUGUGGAACAUGAUGCUGCGAUCGCAGUGAGAGAUGGCUGCAAACUUUACGCCGACAUUUAUCGACACCCGACAGCCCCGGCACGUUCUACUCCAGCAAUUCUAUGCUGGAGUCCAUUUGGCAAGAAAUUUAAUGGGAUAGAAUCCUUGCGGCUCAUGACACCAUGGAAUUUCGGAAUUCCCGACGGAACACUCAGCGGCCUGGAGAAAUUUGAAGCCCCCGAUCCUGCGGAAUUUGUUGAUCACGGAUAUGCUGUUAUCAAUGUGGACUCGCGUGGUGCAUUUGAUUCUGAAGGAAUAAUGGCAAUCAUGGGAGCACAGGAAGCACAAGAUGGGUAUGGUGUUAUUGAGUGGAUUGCUCAACAGUCUUGGUGCAAUGGAAAUGUUGGAAUGGCAGGCAAUUCGCACCUUGAGAUUGUGCAAUGGUUCAUUGCUGCGCUGCAACCGCCAUCCUUGAAAGCCAUCGCGCCUUGGGAAGGAUGUGGAGACCUGUAUCGUGAGCAGUUUGCUCGAGGUGGUAUAUGUGGUGGCGAUUUGUUUGAUCACCUGAUCAUGAAAUACAUUCUACGAGGCCGAAAUGGAAUUGAAAGCUUCCGAAAGAUGUUUGACAAACACCCCCUUGCAAACGACUGGUGGAACGACAAACGGCCCGAUAUGACGAAGAUCAACAUUCCUACCUACAUCACCGGAACAUGGACCAACACAAUGCAUGGAAUGGGUGCAAUUCGAGGCUGGUCAGAGGUCAACUCGCCCCACAAAUGGCUUCGUUGGCAUCCAUACCAGGAAUGGUACGAUAUUUGGGGAAACCAGGAAGCUCGACUUGAGCUCGUUUCUUUUUUCGACCGGUAUUUAAAAGGAGUUGAAAAUGGCUGGGAAUCGACCCCUCGCGUGCGAAUGGCAAUCCUGAAAUAUGGGGAAAAGGCCCCAUUAGAGAAUUUGGUUGAAGAUGAUUUCCCACUUCCUCGGACGGUUUACCAAAAGGCCUACCUCACUGCCAAUGGUUGGUUGACACUUGAUAAGGUCCCUGAGCCAUGUUCAAUGUCAUACAAUUCGGAGGAUCCAAAUGACAUCGCGAAAUUCACUUAUACCUUCACCGAGCGUACGCAGUUGGUCGGUAUACCAAAGGCAGUUUUAUAUAUGCACUGCGAUGAUUUGGAUGACAUGGAUGUAUUCCUGAAUUUAAGCAAGUUGUCUACCUCGGGUGAGCAGCUUCUGAACCUCAAUAUCCCGUGGGACAAUCUGCCCGUUUCAAAGAUCUCCGAUAUCCCAGAGGACAAACGCACUGAGGUCAUUCUUUACCAGGGCCCGACGGGAAUACUUCGGGCUUCAAACCGCGCCAUCGAUGCAGCUCGCUCUAUGCAUGCCAACUGGCCGUUUUACAGUCAUGAGAAGGAAGAAAAGGUCCAACCAGGAUCUGUGGUGCGACUCGAAAUUGGAAUCUGGGGCAUGGGUGUAGAGUAUGAGGCCGGCGAGAGUCUUCAGUUGCGAAUCAGUGGCUUUUACCAGGGGAUUUCUAACUUUGGCACCAAUGAGCACAUUCGUAAUCGGGGAAGGCAUUGGGUGCAUAUGGGCGGAGAGUAUGACAGUUAUCUCGUUCUACCUUUUGUGUAA